AUUUUUAUUUGAACGUGUCAUCCCAUCAGGUUGGAGUCUUUGGUGAUGGCGAAAGUGAAACCGGACUCCAGAAUACAUUUUAUUCAGCUGUCAACUUCCGUCGCUUCUUAUCAUAAACACUUGCAUUUUCCAGGGUUGUUCCCUGUAGCUGGUUUAAGUCUCGUCCCUAAAAAAAUAUGCCGCAGUCUUCACAGUCCUUUCUUUCACUCUAAAUAUGCUAUAAAUGAAGAGCGCUUGAAUUAUAUUCCUGUUACUUGUGUUCAUGGUUACCCUACUGUAUGUCUAAUUAUAUGGUUGCAUAGAUGCUGGGCCUAAGAGGCACCCAUCCCUGUCAAUUAUCAGGCUGUUGGGAGGAAGGGAGGAGAUUAUGCAUAAUUGCCAUCCAUGGUCGGGCCUGGGUGUUUCCUCUUGAGUCAAAUCACUGAGACAGAAGGUUAUUAGUGGAUUUGCCAUGAGAGCAGACAAAUGCUAUGUUGCUCAACUUCAUACCUGCCACUGGAUUUGGCACUAGACAAUAUGAUUUAUGAUAAUCUCUUCCAUAAAAAAUAAUGAGUCGAAGAAUAAUUGAAGCAGAAUGAAUGCUGACAUAAACUGAUGUUCAUAAUAAAAAAUGUCCGGAGGCUUUAGGUGUAAUCAAGUGCUCACUCGAACUUACAGCUCAAUUGAUUUGUAUCUAAAAGUUCUGAUGUUUUGCACUCAUAAUGAAUUAUUUUACUUUUUUAAAUUAGAGAAUCAAAAACGUCUGGAACCUCAGUUUAUUUGCGUAGAUAAAUAUUUGUUCAGGUUUUGGAUGUUUAUUGUGUAAAAUGGAGCUAUAGAUGUGGGGCAGCAUUAGAAACAGUUAAACAGUAUAAAAUUAAUGGUGGAUACUAAGAUAUCUGUAUUUAAACAUGUCACCUGGACAGAUUUUUCACAUUCUUAUAAUGACACUAUUGUCAUUGAGCUUGUAGAAAGUAUUAUUUUACUUUUUGUGUCAGGAUAUAAUACCCUGGAAAACUGGCAAAUCCACUUUGAUUGACACUCUGCUCUCAUGUUACCAUAAGGUUCACACAACAGAGGCUUAGUGGAAAUUAAUAUUGAAUGAAGCUAAAGUUAGAAGUGAGGUGGGUGCAGGAUACAUAAUCUUAAGUAGUUUGUUUGUCUUGAGCUGCUGUUGUUGUAAGAUUCAAUCUACAAGAGGCAACCGUUGCUAAGGGUCCCAUUACCAGAGUAACCGGUGAUUGUUUACAUUGGUCUAGUGGGUUUGCUGAAUUGCAGUGUGACAGACUAUGGCUGAUUUCAGUGGGCUAAACUGCAGACAGACCAUGUGAUUUCACCUCAAGUCUGUCCUUCAGUCUGUUGGUUUACUGAUUUUCCGAGCCCUGCCGUUGGACUGCAAGGUUGAAUGCACAUGGAAGAAGAAUAGGCUGAGUAGAUUUUCAUGGAGUCUGGCUGCACAUGUAUGUGACGCUGGAGUUGCAGCAUAAGAAGAUGUUUGUGCCACUGCUUCAGCUUCAACCCCUUUACUGGGUUACCGCACACCAAAAGAGGUCCACCUCUCUUCCCAUUUAGGAACAUUUCUAACCGUUCCCAGCAGUCAGCUCCAGCAGGAGGUCAUGUCAUCUGAGUGCUGGGUGGAGCCCUGCAGUGAAGGCCAGGCAGAGGAGAAGCAACAAGGGGAGGAAGUGGAGAAGGAGGAAGUGGACGUUCCCUGCAGGGACAACCUGCCUGCAGGAAGCCCAAGGCAGGAGGAGCCAGGAGGAGAGCGACCUUUGUCACCUGACCAUAGUGGCAUGCAGGAAGUGACACCAGAAGGUGGACUGGAGCAGGUCCAAAGGGAGGAGAUGCAGACUCAGGAAGAGAGGAAGAGGUUUACCAACAUGACUGUCAACCAGCAGAACCGAGACAGAGGGGCAGUAUCAGGUGUGUGCCUGGUGGAGCGAUAUCCCCAGAGGUCCGUCCCCAGGGCCUUGUUGAGGGAGCAGCAGGCAGAGGAGCCCCGGGGGCCCGGGCCUUUCUACUAUUUUGGAGGAGCUAAUGGGGCUGAAAUAGUGAGCCGUUACUGUGAGAGGAGAGGAUGGAAGAGGAUUUACAACAAGCACAGGGAGGAUUUCAAACUUAAGUGGUGUGAGAUCAAAUCUCUGGCCAACUACUGCAACUUCAGAGAGGGUGAACAGCUGGUGUACCAGAUUCCCAACAACAAGGUGCUCACCACGAAGAUUGGCCUCCUCAGCAGUCUGCGGGAGUACGAGCGCGUCAGCAGCAAAGUCCACCACGGUCCAGGAUUGAGGAGGCUGAAAAUGGAAGAGUUCAUUCCUACCACCUUCCGCAUGGAUGUGAAGGGAGAGCGGGAGGCUUUCUUUGCUCAGCAGGAGGGUGUGAGCAACAACGAGAGUCACAUGUGGAUCUGUAAGCCCACGGGUCUGAACCAGGGCAGAGGGAUCUUUCUGCUGAAGAGCCAGGAGGACGUAGCCGCCUUCAGACUGAAGCUGCAGGACAGGGAGGACAGCCAGGCCAACAGGAAGGCGCAUCACCGCCAGCCUCAGGCUCGCAUUGUCCAACAUUACAUCCAGAGUCCGCUGCUCCUGAAGGGGAAAAAGUUUGACGUGCGCUCUUACCUUCUGAUUGCCUGCACUUCACCCUACAUGAUCUUCUUUCGCCACGGAUAUGUGCGACUGACCUGUGACCUCUACGACCCCGGCUCCAACAACCUCUCUGCCCACCUGACCAAUCAGUACAUGCAGAAGAAGAACCCUCUGUACAGCCAGCUGAAGGAGGAUACUGUGUGGUCCAUGGAGAGCUUCAACGCCUACGUCAACGACAGGUUUCAGGUUGCCAAGGGUCUGCCCAGGGACUGGGUGCUGGGCGCCUUUGCAAAGCGCAUGCAGCAGAUCAUGACGCAGUGUUUCUUGGCAGUCAAAUCCAAGUUAGACUGCCGACUGGGAUUCUUCGACUUGAUUGGCUGUGACUUCAUGGUUGACGAGGACUUCAAGGUGUGGCUGCUGGAGAUGAACUGUAAUCCAGCUCUUCACACAAACUGUGAGGUGCUGAAGGAGGUGAUCCCCAGCGUUGUUGUGGAGACACUGGAUUUAACCCUGGAAAUCUUCAACAAGUGUCGUCUCAGACAAAGAAUCCUUCCUCUGGCCAAUCAGAGGGAGUUUGUGCUGCUGUACAACGGAGUUUCUCCUCCUGAUUCUGCGUUGGCCUACGGCAAAAGCAACACAAACAGUGAAUUCAACAAGAAAAUCACCAAAAAGACUCAACCCAGGAGGUGUAAGUCAGUGAUGGAGGGCACAACUGUGCCCUUAAGGUUCCCUGAUAAUUCUUUCAAUGUCUCAGCGAGCGGUGAGGGAAGUGGUAGUUCAAAGUCUGGCCACUGUCUCACCGCCUCCACCUCCACCUCCACCUCCACCUCCACCUUACCUCUCCAUCAAAGCUCUCUGUCAGCUCCAGGACCUUCAGGUAUACGCAGCAACAACAGCAUGCAGACUGUUAGGAAUAAGAACCCUUGUCCUCGGGUCGUACUCAAGCUGAGCAAAUGUUCUUUGCAUCAUCACUUGAAGGCCGCGGAUGACUUGAAACACUCAAAGGCUCAGCCGAAGAUCGUCAUGUCGUUGUCAUCACUGGCGCUGACUGAAGGGACACCUCCUGUGUGUGCGGAUGAAAACAAAAGAGGAGAGGAACCUGGUGAAGACACAAAGAGCUUAGCCUACGAGACAAAAGAGGAACAAUGAUCGAAAAAGCUUUGUCUAAAAAGAGAUCAACACUUUUGACAUCUGGUGCUGUUUUAUAAUGUUAAGAAAUGCUUAAUGUGACAAUAAAGACUAUUUAUCACUUGA